AUGAGACAGAUUGACAUGGAAGAACUCAUGGCUUUCAUCCGUGAAGACCUCGGCAGCAUGCUCAACGACAAAAACGACGUCUAUUCUCCAGGCAGCCUGGAGUCUCUACCUUGUGAGCUCAUUGUCAUGAUUGCUGAGUAUCUUUCUAAAAAGGACUUACUCACGCUUCGAUCACUGGGCAACCGAAACAUAUCCCGAGGUAUCGAUGACCGCUUUGUAAGUAAAAUCUAA